GUUCUAAGCAAGCCACGACCAACGAUGAUGGAGGAGCGAUGAUGCUUCGAGUCUCUCCUCUGCUCUUUCGGACCGGCCAGCGGCGGCGUCUGUCCAGCCAGGCCUCUGUCGUCGGCGGGGGCGGCAAGGGCAAGUAUGACAUUGUCUUUUGCGGCACGGAUCGGUUUGCCUGUGCGGUCCUCUCUGGGCUCCUCGGUCGGCCAGACCUCUGCCGAUCAAUCAAGGUGCUCACGCCGUCCGAUGCGCCCAACACGUGGGCGUCGCGCAAGCGCAUCGCCGAGGUGCCGCUGCGGCGUCUGGCCGAGGACAGCGGCCUGGCGCACAACGCCCUGCCGCGCGACGUGCCCAUGUCCGAAUGGGAGCCACCGCCGGGCCUGUUCCCCCCUGCUCCUGCUGUCCCCGCUUCACCAGGCACCAACAGCAACGUCCUGCUGACGGCCUCGUUUGGGCACGUCAUCCCGCCCGCGAUCCUGGGUUUGUAUGCGCCUGGCGCGCGCCUCAACGUCCACCCGUCGCUGCUUCCACAGCUGCGCGGCGCCGCACCGGUGCAGUGGGCCAUCGCGCGGCGCCUCGCACGCACAGGCGUCAGCAUCCAGGGCCUCGAGGCCGCCAUCGACACGGGCCGCGUCUUUGCGCGCCACGCCCUCGACGUGGGUCUGGACGAGGAAGUGGACGUGGACCUGGCUCGCGUGGACAGCAGGAAAGCGCCGACGUACGAGACGCUCCUCGACCGGCUCGAGCCGAUCGCUGUCAGGCUGCUCCUCGACGUGCUCUCAAACCUCGAGGCACGCGCGUCGGCCGCCACGCCCCAGUCGGAGCUGGGCCCCGCGAGCCGGGCACCCAAGGUGCGGCGCGAGCAUGCAGAGGUGCGCUGGGACCGCUGGACGGCGCACGACAUCGAGGCGCGCCACCGUGCCUUUUCCUAUCUUUUCCCACUCUCGGCGACGCUGGAACCCGGCAGAAGUGGUGCGGCACGCGAUGUCCGUGUCCUGCUCCGGUCUGUCCACGUCGGCACGGCAGAAACAGGCGCAGAAGCAGGCGCUGCGCCGCCCCUCGCUCCGGGCCAGGCACGCCUCUCGCGCAGCGGCGGCCACCUCGAGGUGGGCUGUGCUGACGACACGCACCUCUGCGUCUCCCAGCUGCAGACGGCCGGCAAGCGCGCAAUGGACGCAACACACUGGAUCGUCGGCUACCGCGACCGGGCCGAUGCUCGGACGGGCCUCUUGACAUUCACAUGAUCGGUGUGCUUUUCUCUGUAAU